UUUAGUUCACCAAGCGAAACCCCUAAGGACUGUUAAUCCUUCUCUGCACCGCCGGAAUUAGCUUUCUCCGGCGUCUCCCUGACUUCCUCCGAGCUUUGUCAGCCACCACCACUCCACACGUCUCGUAGGCUCCUUCAAAAACCGAACUCUGAAUUCAAGACGAGAGAGAUGGAAGUGAGAAGCGAGCUGAAGCAGAAACUUUAUGAGAUCUUCAAAGAGUUUAUGACCGGGAUCACAAAGCUUGAGGAACUAGAUAAUGCUGCAAACACCUUUCUUCUACGCUUUCAGCAAGGACUCUGCUUGCUCAAACGCUCUCCAAUACUCGCUUCCUCCAAGUUGAUCGAAAACAUUCUCAAGAACAAUGAAACAAGACGGCUUAAAUCAUACCUAGAAGCAGGCUGUAUCAACAUCGAUGCUGCUGCACAGAGCACACGAGCUUUGCAUAUAUCUCUAAAAGGACUUUCUGACCACCUAGUCAAAGCUCAGAGCUUGUUAUCUGAGCUGGAGCGUCUCACCGAUGAGGCAGCCCUUGCGAUUGAGACUGCAACAAACCUUUCCGCACAGCUAGAUGAAGAAUCAAGUGAUGAAUUACAACAGAUAGCCAGUGAUGAAGAGAAAGAGACUGUAACUUUUACUCAAGAACCUGAAGUUACGGAGUACGCUACAGUUAUUGCAGUGGUUUACAGUAUGGUAAAACAGAACUAUGUUAUGCAGGAAAAGAUUGUGAGAGGGCUUAGUUUGAAGACAUCAUUUGAUGAACUAGGUACUUACACUAUGAUGUGGUCAUUGCGUCCGUUUGUAGAAGACGAGAUUGUAAACAGAGCAUGGAAAUGUAUCUACUGAGACACAAAGAUGAUAUGAAAGAGUUAGCAGAGAGUAGUUAAAACAAGGGUGGGAACCAUAAAGAUUGCAACAAGAGAUCCUUUGAUGACUCUUAAGCUUCAUGUAUGUUUCUCAAAUGUUUUGUUUUUCAUUAGGUCAUAAACAUGUAAUACUUGUUUUUGCCUGCAAACUAAGGCUACACAUGUUGGUCAAUUAAAAGUUGUUUCAACACAAGACAUCUGGCCCAUAAUGAAUUAAUUGGAGUGAAAUCU